CGCUGCUCUUCGCGGCCCCGGCUCGCGUUCACGCUGUCGCCCGGGCCGGCGCGGCCGCGGGCAACCGCUCCCCCUCCGACACCUACCCCGUCCCCUCCCCGCCUUUUCCGCCCUCGCGUCCCCCUCCCUCGGCCAGCCGCCGCUGCUCCAGAUGAGGUGAUGGCAACGGCCAACUUCGGCAAGAUCCAGAUCGGGAUUUACGUGGAGAUCAAGCGGAGCGAUGGCCGAAUACAUCAAGCAAUGGUAACAUCUUUAAAUGAAGAUAAUGAAAGUGUAACUGUUGAAUGGAUAGAAAAUGGAGAUACAAAAGGCAAAGAGAUUGACCUGGAGAGCAUCUUUUCACUUAACCCUGACCUUGUACCAGAUGAAGAAAUUGAGCCCAGUCCAGAGACACCCCCACCUCCAGCAUCCUCAGCCAAAGUAAACAAAAUUGUAAAGAAUCGACGGACUGUGGCUUCUAUUAAGAAUGAUCCUCCUCCAAGAGAUAAUAGAGUGGUUGGUUCUGCACGCGCGCGGCCUAGUCAACUUCCUGAACAGUCUUCCUCUGCACAACAGAAUGGUAGUGUUUCAGAUAUAUCUCCAGUUCAAGCUGCAAAAAAGGAAUUUGGACCCCCUUCACGUAGAAAAUCUAAUUGUGUGAAAGAAGUAGAGAAAUUGCAAGAAAAACGGGAAAAAAGGAGACUACAACAGCAAGAACUUAGAGAAAAAAGAGCCCAGGAUGUUGACGCUACAAACCCAAAUUAUGAAAUUAUGUGUAUGAUCAGAGACUUUAGAGGAAGUUUGGAUUAUAGACCAUUAACAACAGCAGAUCCUAUUGAUGAACAUAGGAUAUGUGUUUGUGUAAGAAAACGACCACUCAAUAAAAAAGAAACUCAAAUGAAAGAUCUUGAUGUAAUCACAAUCCCUAGUAAAGAUGUUGUGAUGGUACAUGAACCAAAACAAAAAGUAGAUUUAACAAGGUACCUAGAAAACCAAACAUUUCGUUUUGAUUAUGCCUUUGAUGACUCUGCUCCUAAUGAAAUGGUUUACAGGUUUACAGCUAGACCACUAGUGGAAACUAUAUUUGAAAGGGGAAUGGCUACAUGCUUUGCUUAUGGGCAGACUGGAAGUGGAAAGACUCAUACAAUGGGAGGUGACUUUUCAGGAAAGAACCAAGACUGUUCUAAAGGAAUUUAUGCAUUAGCAGCUCGAGACGUUUUUUUAAUGCUAAAGAAGCCAAACUAUAAGAAGUUAGAACUUCAAGUGUAUGCAACCUUUUUUGAAAUUUAUAGUGGUAAGGUUUUUGACUUGCUAAACAGGAAAACAAAAUUAAGAGUGCUCGAAGAUGGAAAACAGCAGGUUCAAGUGGUGGGAUUACAGGAACGGGAGGUCAAAUGUGUUGAAGAUGUACUGAAACUCAUUGACAUAGGCAACAGUUGCAGAACAUCCGGUCAAACAUCUGCAAAUGCACAUUCAUCUCGGAGCCAUGCAGUGUUUCAGAUUAUUCUUAGAAGGAAAGGAAAACUACAUGGCAAAUUUUCUCUCAUCGAUUUGGCUGGAAAUGAAAGAGGAGCUGAUACUUCCAGUGCAGACAGGCAAACUAGGCUUGAAGGUGCUGAAAUUAAUAAAAGCCUUUUAGCACUCAAGGAGUGCAUCAGAGCCUUAGGUAGAAAUAAACCUCAUACUCCUUUCCGAGCAAGUAAACUCACUCAGGUGUUAAGAGAUUCAUUCAUAGGUGAAAACUCUCGUACCUGCAUGAUUGCCACAAUCUCUCCAGGCAUGGCAUCCUGUGAAAAUACUCUCAAUACAUUAAGAUAUGCAAAUAGAGUAAAGGAGUUUGGAAUUAGUCCAUCAGACAUUCCCUUCUCACAGGGUAGUGGCAGUCGCCCUGAUCUCUCUCCUUCUUAUGAGUAUGACGACUUUUCUCCUUCAAUUACCAGGGUGAAAGAAUUGACUGUGGAUCCAACUGCUGCUAGUGAUGUCCGUCCAAUAAUGCACCAUCCACCAAAUCAGAUUGAUGAUUUAGAGGCACAGUGGGGUGUGGGGAGUUCCCCUCAGAGGGAUGAUCUAAAACUUCUUUGUGAACAAAAUGAAGAAGAGGUUUCUCCACAAUUGUUUACUUUCCACGAAGCUGUCUCACAAAUGGUAGAAAUGGAAGAACAAGUUGUAGAAGAUCACAGGGCAGUCUUCCAGGAAUCUAUUCGAUGGUUAGAAGAUGAAAAGGCUCUCCUAGAGAUGACUGAAGAAGUAGACUAUGAUGUAGAUUCAUAUGCUACACAACUUGAAGCUAUUCUUGAGCAAAAAAUAGACAUUUUAACUGAGCUGCGGGAUAAAGUGAAAUCUUUUCGUGCAGCUCUACAAGAGGAAGAACAGGCCAGCAAGCAAAUCAACCCGAAGAGACCCCGUGCCCUUUAAAUCAGCAUUUGCUGCUAAAGGAUUCCCAGAACCCUCGCUACUGUAACAUACAAUGGUUCAGCUGUAAGGGCCAUUCGAAAGUUUGAAAUUUUAAGUGUCUGUGGAAAAUGUCUUGUCCCUUCAACCUGAAUGACAUUUCAAUUUUGUGAAACACUCCUUUGUCUACAAGAUGCUUCUAGUCCAGAAGGCACAACCAAGGUUUGGGAAUAGUGAAGCAUUUUGUUUCAUUUACCCACAUAGUGAUUUACUUUUGAAGAUCCUUGCCAAUUUUAUUUUCUGUAUGAUGAAGUAAGAUUGUGGACUUGAUCCAGAGGUGAAUAGUAGGGGGAAGCCACAGCAUUUCCUUUUAACUCAGUUCAAUUUUCAUAGCAAGACUGAGCAGUUUUAAAUCCUUUGCGUGCAUGCAUACCUCAUCAGUGAUUGUACAUACCUUGCCCACUUCUAGAAACAGCUGUGCUCACCUCUUCCUGCUUUGUGCCUUGACUAAGGCUACUGACCCUAAAUUUCUGAAGCACAGCCAAGAUAAAUUACAUUCCUUAUUUGUCAUUGUAAAUUACCUUUAUUGUGUGUACAUUUUUACUGUAAUUGAGACAUUUUUUGUGUGUGACUAGAUUUGCAGGAUGUGCCAUAUCAAUGAAUGGAACUAAAGUCUGUGACAGUGGACAUAGCUGCUGGACCAUUCCAUCUUAUAUGUAAAAAAAUCUGGAAUUAUGAUUUUAAAACCAUAUAACAUGUGGUUAUAAUUUUCUUAGCAUUUUCUUUGUAAAGAACUAAAAUAUAAACUAGUUGGUGUAUAAUAAAAAGUAAUGAAAUUCUGAAAAGAGUUUUAUCUUAGGAUAAUACAUAUAUAUGCAGUGUGUGUUCCAGUGUGGUAUUAACAAGACUAAUAGUGCAAUUUGAUCUUUACCAAUACCAUUACUUAAGUUGAAGUGUCCAUUAGCACCCCAAAAUGAACCUUUUAAAUGGUACUGUUAAAGGAAGUUGGCUUCUGAUGCAUGAAUAUGUACAUGUACAUUGAAAGUAGUCCAUAAUAGAACUGUUAGUUUAAGCCAAGAAUAGACAGUACAUAACUCUCUUGAAAAAGAAUUUAAGCUAAGAAAGAGAUGACUGUGCCUUGAAAGGCACAUCUGACCCAAGCUCCAGCCAUUACCUAACGUAUGAUGUUUCACCAUGAUUUGAUGAGCAUCGCUGAAUUCUCACCAAUCAGCUCAUCUAGGGCAUGCUGCUUUUUAAAUGGUGGCACUUAUUUUUACAGAUUGCUAUUCCAAGGAAGAAAACUGGCCACUUUUCAUGUAAAUAUUUUGUUAGAAGAUUUAUAUAUCUCUCUAGGAGUUUUCCCUCAGUUCCCAGGAUAGUGUCUAGGAGUACGUUAACAACAAAAAAGUCUCCCAAGGGUGUCUUGUUUUGAUUUACUCUAGGGAACUACCAGCUCAUUCAUAUGGGCUAAUGGGAAGCUAUGAAUAGAGUCACAUGAGCCAGAUUCCCUACUUCACUGUCCACAGAACUCAGAAGGUCGCUGUGGGAAUCCUAACACCAUGGUGAAAAGCUCCUCUGUAAACUUGAAAUCUAGAACAAGUGUAGAUUUUCACAGUGUGCUUAUUAUUAAAUCUAUGGAAUGAUCUUCAAAGGACAUAGAGAUAUGUGAAUUUACUCAUUUUAAAGCACAACAGAUAAGUCUUAAUUUAUUAUUUAAAUUAGAAGGGUACUAUCUCUGGAAGGUCUCCUCAAUUUGAAAUGUACUGCCUUAUACUAUAAUGGCUUCAUUCUGAUUAGUAUUCAAGGUGUAUUAAAUAUCAGUACCAGAAAAGAUCUUGGUAGUAUAAUCCAUUCCCUCAGUUUUACAGAUAGGGAAAUCUGAAGGUUAUAAAAGGGACUGAAACUCAGCAGUCCAUAGGAGGACAGGGAAAUAAAUAAGAGGGAAAGCUGAAUUAAAUCUUAAAUUUAAAUUUUCCUUUAAGGAUAGAGAUGGUACAAGUGAACUUUGCUAAUUAAGUAGUUUUGUGAGAUUAAAAAAACCUACUCUUAAUUAUGUAGUAUUUAUGUAACAAAAGUGGCUUUGUGCAGUUAUUUAAAGAAUAACUUAAAUUUUUUGGAUCUGGAUUAAACAUUCUUUACUUUCUCAGACUUGAAAGCUGAUAUCCCUAUUAAUAAUUAACUAAAAAUAUACAUUAUUUUAGUUAUAUAGGAAUGUUUUAAUAUAUCACUUUGAAGCCAGAUUUCUAAAAAAUCUAUUUAUGCAAACCUAUCUUUUCCUUCUAGGUUCACUCAGUGUACCUCUGUUAAAAUUUGGAUUUUAACUUUAAAGCCAGUGUUGAUUUAUAAAACCCUUUGAAAUUUUAAAUCUAUGACUAUCUCGCCAAGAAAAAACAUACAAUCUUAUAGUUCAUUUCAUUCUAGUUGAGCAUCCUCAUUUACAAGUAAGGAAUGCCCAGAAGUAAUAUGCCUGGCACCAUGUGGUGGCAGUAGCAGACUCAGGCUUGCCUAGAACCCUAGCCUAUUAUGCUGCAGGAUUGCUAAAGGGGUAGGCAGUGAUAGAAAUUAUAUAGGAUAAACAGAGAAAGAAUGAGAGAAGCAAAACAACAUUUUAGGAAACAAGGAAACAAUUGCUUUACUGUACACAUGAAUAACAAGAAAAAAUGGUAUGGGGAAUAUGUGACUAAAUUAAGCAUACUUUAACUUUCUUAUGACUUGAAGAACAAAGGCCUAAAGAGCUAAAAUCCUAAAAAAAGGUUCUCAUAGUAAUAUGUAACAUAGAAAAUAUUAGUGUAACAUCUUUAUAUAAUGCACUGUUAGAAAUAACUUUUUUAAGUGUAAAGUUGUGCGUGUCUGCGGCUCUUAAACUUGAAGAGUAUCAUGUAUAAAUUGGACCCUGCCCUAUGUUGUGUAUUAAAAUCAAACCAAAUCCAAAAAAAAAAAAAAAAACCUGUAUAGUUAGAAUUGACUUACUUCCUUAAAAAUUCAGAGUAAUAAAUGGUGACAACAGUAGUAAAUCAAAAAUAGUCAAGCACAUAGUGUCCAAGCAUAGUUCAUCUUCUCAAAUUAUUAAGAAUAUAUAAUUCUACUUUGUUGAGUUUGGAAACUUCUCUUCUGCAGAUACCUAAGAAAAAUGGAUACCUUCUGCAUUGAAUCCAUGUAGCAAUCUGGAAAAAGAAACCAAAAUGGGAUGGUAUUGAAAUGCUAGUUUGUAGCAAGUAACAGUGCAUACAUAGUCCCUAUACCAUGAAUUCUAAAACACAAAUACAUCAGCAAACCUGUGAAGCCCACCCACUCCUAACACUAGUCAUUAAAGAAACUUUAUUCUUCAACUAAAUUUAUGAGAUGUAUAUUGGUUAAAACCACAUCAUUUUGGUGCCUCUUCUGUCAUAGCCUGUAUGUCUUAAGGCAUGAUGAAUUUAAAAUGAUCUUAGACCUACACUGUCCCUGGCCUAAGAGGACACUGGCCCUUGUUUCAUUUCAGCCUGGUAAGUGGAUGUGAAGCUGUUUGGAAUUAGAGGCAGGAGAGAGAUGAAUGGCUAAUCUCAUGUGUCCAUUCUUCCUCUCUGAGUUCGCUGUUACUGAGUUUCAAAUUAAAUACUGCUUCUCUCUGGAUACCUGUGUACUUAUUAGAUCCUAGUUAGCAAACUGCAUGUUUAGUAACCUUGAAGAAGAUUAAUAAGAAUGAAGGAAAAUAAGAUGAAAUAUUUCUACUUAGACCUGCCCGAGAUUAUUUUCAGAAUGGCCCAUAAGAACCAUCGAGAUGGGUUAAGAUAUCUGAAAAAGGAAGAUAGGUACUUAUGAAUAAUGUUCAACUCCUAGGAUUAACAUCUAAUAAAGACUCAGUAGUACUGCUAGCCUGCCAAUAAAAUAUAAGCGCCAUUUGUCUCAAUUACAUACAACUGUGUUUCUAGCAUAGAAAAGUCAAACCAAUGACUUUUAUAACAAUCUACCCUCUUUUUUUAUCAGCCUCUAGACCAUGGAAGCUUUAAAAAUGAAUUGGAUAAACAGGAAAAAAAUUAUGGUUUAUUAGUUAGGAAAUCAGAGUGUUAGUGAUUAAAAACAAUGAAUACAGGUUAAUAAUUACCUGGGUAAUUUGACGCCUUACUCUGCUUUGCUAAGACUUACUUUCUUAAUCCAAGGAAAACAAAUUUCAGUCUAUAUUGCCCAGUUAAUUAUGACACCCUUCUUUUGCUUCAGGUGUGUGGAACUUGCCUCAGUCCACAAAAUAAGUUACUGAACCAGUUAGAAAUGAUAACCAGAUAUGAUUGUAACUAAUAUUAUUUCAUACUUAAAAGCUAUUCUCAAUAAAGAAAAAAGACCCAACUAUAUAUAUUAUGAUUCUUUUACCUUACAGGCUACUUUGAAGAGACAAACUGUUAAGACUAACUGUGAAUGGGAGUUGGGGGAGGGGGCUAGAGGGGAGGAGCAUGCAGACCACCACACACAUUGCCACAGAGGUUAUCUCCAGGCUCGGACUGUUCCCCACCACUGUUCUUACAGAAGUGUUCACUCUGCUGCAGCUAACUAGCCUCCGUCUUCUACACCAAAUACUAUUCCAUACCAUGGAAGUGCUAUGCAAUAACUCCCAGGUAGCACCUUAUACCACUUAAAAGCCUUUAAAUUUCUAAAUCUGAAGGUGUCACAGUAAAGAUAUGUAAAAAUGUAGGAAAAGGAAAAUGUAGUUACCUAAUGAAAUCAUCUAUGUCCAUGGAACGGGCCCGCUUGUCACUAAAACCUGUGCUGGUUAGGAUUUGCUGUAUUUUAUCUGCUAUGCUGAAAUCUUCUGGUAUUAUCUAUCAAUAUAAGAUUCAGAAUAAAUGAACAACAUAUCUUUAAUGAA